GGCUAAACCAAAAAGGCGGUAUACCAAAAAUCACCACAUGCAUAUAAAUAGUAAGGCUAAAUUAAAAAGGCGUUAUGCAUCAAAAUCCCGUUUUGAUUAUUUUACCAUGCUCCAGAUCAUGUAUGGCGUAAUUUUUGACAACAAUUUGGACUGAACUAAAAAUUUAUAAAAAAAAGCGCUCUUAUAUAUAUAUUUUUUUUUUGUCAAAUAAAAAAUUUUGAUACAUUGACAAUGGAAACCGCGAUAGAUAUAAUUGAUACGAAAAGAGAUGAUCUUGAUCUCAUUCAACCACAUAAUGAGAAAGUAACUGAUGAUUAUAAACCACAUAAUGGGAAAAAAAUUAGUAAACUUUUUAUUUCUCAAGAUGAUUCAUAUGUUAUUUCUUACAGUGUGGAAGAUGAAUCAAUUCAAGGAUGGUUAGUUAAUGUUGAGGGGAAUUGGCAACAACUACUCGAUAAUAAUGUUUAUUUUAAGGUUGGUCAAUUAUAUAAUAAAGUUAAAUUUUAUAAAAAAUCUUUUUUAUCCUAUGAUUAUGAUAGCGAGAACAAUCGUAUUGUAAAACAUAACUUUAUUGAUUUAAGUGAUAAAAAAGGUCAAAAUUUUCAACUAAAACAUGUAGAUAAAUUAUUCACCUAUGAACGUUGGAUAGGGUUCACUUCUAAUGGUGAUUUAAUUAUAACGUCAUUAGAUGAAAAGUUAAAAGAUUACAAAAUUUACUUGUAUUCAAUCAAUUCAAAAAACGCAACUCUUUUGGAAUAUUCUCAAAUGUACAAAAUAAAAUUUCAUAAAAGUUUAAAUGAACAUAAUAAUAUUAAUUGCUUUAUACAAUAUCAAAAGUUAUUCCUUUUUAACAAUGGUCAUCUGGUUCAAUGGGAAUUAUCGGAAACGACAACAGUUACAACAUUUGAAAAACCUGAAAUGCAAUACAAUUUAUUUCUUGAGAAGUUAAAAUAUAUAAAGAUAAACAAAAAUAAAACAUUAUUAGCAGCAUGUGGUGAAGUUGAUGAGAUUAAUGUAAUUUAUAUAUAUUCAAUGGAAACUGGAUUAUGUAUUUCAAGAUAUGGUUAGUAACUUAUUAUUAUUUUUUUUUUUUCGUGAUAUUAGUUUUUUAAAUGAUCUAAUUAUAUUUUAUU